AUGGUCUCUGACCAUCGACGCAAGCGGCCACGGCCCUCUUAUUCCUGCAUGGAAUGCACCCGGCGUAAACUUCGUUGCUCAAAACAGAUCCCCUGCUCGACUUGCGUAGAGCGAGGGGUUGCGCAGUACUGCCGCCGACGAACAGGCAGCAGUGCAUAUCUCAGACCGCAGAGGAACCCCAAGCGUGACCUGCCUCCCACUCAAGUCCGAUGCGACCACAACAGGAAAAGAAAAUCCACCAGCCCUAUGAACCCAGACACCAUUGAUGUUCACUGUGCUGUGCCAAUGUUGCAGGCGAGUCGACCGCGACGGAGAGUUGUGGAUAAUGUUAAUGAAGAUACGGCAGUUAUGCUUGAGUUCUUGGCCCUGAGUCGGCAGCGCGUUAGCCAAAUUGCACAGAUCGACCAGUCCCACAUCAGAGGGCAGAGUAACAUCCUGACUGAGGCAUAUGAGCUGCUUUUCACCCUGAAGCAAGUUCGCACCAUGAUGGCUUACCACCAAGACUGCAUCUCCUGGUUUCAAAACGUGGUUCAUCUCCCCACGUUUCGAGAUCAGUGCGAGAGUCUUUUUGCGAACCCGACCGAGGUACAACCGUGCUGGUUGGCGUUAUAUUAUGCUAUGCUUGCGGUAAGCCUGAAAUGUACUUCAAUUUUACUGUUCACUACUCGACUAUGCUACCAGAAAAGUCUCGAUAGUCUUCAUAGAGCCGAUUUCAUGAUCAACCACAAUCUCCUCAGUAUUCAAGCAAUAUGGGCAGACGAGGUUCAGAGAACCCAAAGCGCAAGACAGCAGUGGCUGAUCGACCGUGAGGUCUCUAAGCGUGUCUGGUGGUUCCUUGUUCGGCAAGACUGGUUGCAGAUUCCAUUCAACAAUACCUAUACGAUACAUCCAACGCAGUUCAAUACUCCAAUGCCCGCCAAUUGCGAGGAAGAUGUCAGUCUGAUGUACUCAACCGCAGGUGUCAUCGAGCAUGACCAGGAGCACUUCACUCAAGGGAGCUAUAGGAUGGUGCUGAAUCGUGUGGCUGUCUUGAUCUGGAAAACACAAGAUAAGAUGUGUCAACAAGGCCAUCCAAACAGCGUUGAUGAUGGCCUGCGCAAAUUGUACACUGAUGUAAUCCAGGUAGAUCAGGACUUAGGGGAAUUGAUGAAAAAAAUGCCGACCUUUUUCCGGGGUCCCACAACUUCAUCUUCAAUGCAGGAAGUGCAUAUUAAGUUUCAGCGUGAGGUAUUAUUCCUUGCUUUAGCGCACAAGUUUUACUCCGUUCACCGUCACUUUCAGAUUCCCAGUUUCAAAGAUCCAUGGUUCGCAUAUACGAAAGUCUCAUGUCUUCCAAUCAUACGCCGCAGCCUUGCCACCAUUGUUUCCUCGCCAGAGGAGCCCUACUUUUGCAUUGUACGCAGUAUGUGGACCGUGAACACUCAAGUCCUGACAGCUGCUGUGUGGCUAUUGUUCGAAUUGAUCUUCUCUCGAGACGACGGCCGACCCCUGAUUGACGAGGAGAUCAGGGCCUUGGCGUUGGAGACCUCGCGCUUCCUUCAAAUCAACCAAACCAAAAGUCGGAUCGCAAAAAGAGGGUUUGUUCUGAUCAACACACUCUUGGACUCGGAUCGGAGAAUACAGAGCGGGGAUCGAGAGCAUUUCAAUAUAAAGGACAUUGUCUCUCAGGUUGAGGGUAAUGACGACCAUCCAACUGCAGACCUAGCAGAUCUUCAUUGCGAUGCCGUCAACAGCGGGUCUAUUUUGGACUGGCUGGCGAGAGAUAUUACAACUUGGGAAAGUAUUGUUGGUGCGCUUGAAGGUGUCUAG